GUUCUGGCAGUAGCAAUUCCCAUUCCCUAUAGAAGACUGCCAACGACAGGGUUAAAACUUCGAAGUCCUCUGCGCGUCUGGGAGAUAGACGCGGAGGCUACCAUCUAUAUUUUCUCUCUAAGCUCGAUUUGAAAUGGACGACUAUUGCCCUAUUCUUGCUUUGACUGGUUAAUAAUGCCUUAAGUGGAUUUGGUUGGGAGAAGUUUUGAAGGCUUCAAUCAUGUUUGGGCGUGGGCCAAAGAAGAGUGACAACACCAAGUACUAUGAAAUUCUUGGUGUUUCAAAAAGUGCAAGUCAAGAUGAAUUGAAGAAGGCAUAUAAAAAAGCUGCAAUCAAGAAUCAUCCGGACAAAGGUGGAGAUCCUGAGAAGUUUAAGGAAAUAGCUCAAGCCUAUGAUGUUCUCAACGAUCCAGAGAAAAGAGAAAUCUAUGACCAAUAUGGUGAAGAUGCUCUCAAGGAGGGAAUGGGAGGAGCUGGUCCCUCACAUAAUCCAUUUGAUAUAUAUGAGGCAUUUUUUGGUGGAGGAGCCUUUGGUGGUGGCGGCAGUUCACGAGUAAGAAGGCAGAAACAUGGAGAGGAUGUGGUGCAUACUCUGAAGGUUUCUUUGGAUGACCUGUACAAUGGCACAUCAAAGAAACUCUCCCUUUCUAGGAAUAUCUUGUGCCAAAAGUGUAAAGGGAAAGGCUCGAAAAGUGGAGUAUCUGGGAGAUGUUAUGGGUGCCAAGGUACAGGAAUGAAAAUUACGACUCGACAGAUUCGUUUGGGCAUGAUUCAACAGAUGCAACACGUCUGUCCUGAAUGCAGAGGCUCAGGUGAGGUCAUCAGUGAGAGAGAUAAAUGCCUCCAAUGCAAAGGAAACAAGGUCACUCAAGAAAAGAAGGUGCUGGAGGUGCACGUUGAGAAGGGAAUGCAGCAUGGUCAAAAGAUUGUGUUUGAGGGACAAGCUGAUCAAGCGCCUGAUACAAUCGCUGGAGACAUUGUUUUUGUAUUGCAACUGAAGGAGCACCCCAAGUUCAAACGAAAGUUUGAUGAUCUCUAUGUAGAGCACACCAUCAGUUUAACAGAGGCUCUUUGUGGGUUUCAGUUUGCCCUUACCCAUCUUGAUGGCAGACAACUUCUGAUCAAAUCAAAUCCUGAGGAAAUCAUUAAGCCUGGUCAAUCAAAAGCAAUCAAUGAGGAAGGAAUGCCGCAUCACCAGAGGCCGUUUAUUAAGGGUCGGCUCUACAUUCACUUCAAUGUGGAUUUCCCAGAGUCGGGAAUUCUCUCUCCUGAACAAUGCCGGACUCUAGAGACAAUACUGCCCCCAAGGGCUAGCAAGCACUUGACAGACAUGGAGCUGGACAAUUGUGAGGAGACCACUUUGCAUGAUGUUAACAUGGAGGAUGAGACGAGACGUAGGCGGCAGCAGCAGCAGCAGCAGCAGCAAUACCCAGAGGCAUAUGAUGAAGAUGAUGAGCCAUCAAUGCCAAGAGUGCAGUGUGCACAGCAGUAAGGCUGUCGCAGUCACAUAUUUUUUGGUCACUAUUUUAGCAAAACACAAUUACAGGGCAAUAUCGUGUUUGCGAUAUUCCAGUUUAUAACCGUAUUUCUCAUUAUCUCAUAGGCUUCCAGGCCAGCUUUGUAUUGCUAUUUCAAUAUUUUAUAGUUUGGUUUGGGAUUGUAUUCUUUCAGUCAUAUUUCGUAUGGUUUACUUGUUAUGUAGUAUUGUUUUGAAUGCUAUUUCCAAAAUAUUUGAGUCCAAUGAAGGAAUUGCUUUUCAACUGA